GCGUUGUUUGAGCCGAAUCCUCCGCGAGACUUGUGUCGGCGUAGAAACAUGUCGGCGUUCAAGAGAAAACGUGGAGGACAGGCUUCUUUUGAUAAAAAGGCAAAGAAAGUAAAAUUUGUUGCAGAUGCUGUCGAAGCACCGGUAGAGGCCGAACAGGAAAAUAAAAAUGAAGUCACUAUUCCGGCACCGGUUUCCCAGGGUAAAUGGACCAACAAGGAAAGAGUUCUCAUUUUCUCCUCAAGAGGCAUCAACUUCAGAACAAGACACUUGAUGCAGGACCUGAGGACCAUGAUGCCUCAUGCCAAAGCUGAUACAAAAAUGGACAGAAAAGACAAAUUAUUUGUUAUCAACGAGGUGUGUGAAAUCAAAAACUGCAACAAAUGCCUCUUUUUUGAGGCCAAGAAGAAGCAGGAUCUCUAUAUGUGGAUUUCAAACAGCCCUCAUGGGCCUUCUGCAAAGUUCCUGGUUCAAAACAUUCACACACUGGCUGAACUCAAGAUGACAGGAAACUGCCUCAAAGGAUCCAGACCGCUUUUGUCAUUCGAUCCUAAAUUUGACACAGAGCCUCACUUUGCUUUACUGAAGGAGCUCUUCACCCAGACAUUUUCCACCCCGCGCUACCACCCGAAAAGUCAGCCUUUUGUGGACCACGUCUUCACAUUCACCAUUGCAGACAACAGGAUAUGGUUUAGAAACUACCAGAUCAUUGAGGAGGAUGCCGCUUUAGUGGAGAUCGGCCCUCGCUUUGUUCUCAACCUCAUCAAGAUCUUUCAAGGCAGCUUUGGAGGGCCUACGCUCUUUGAAAACCCCAGCUUCCAGUCCCCAAACAUGCACCGGCGAGAGAUCCGACUGGCGGCAGCCGCCAGAGUGCGUGAGAAGCAGAUGGUGAAGGAGGUGCAGAAAAUGAAGAGGGCCGAAGCGAAGGAGGACGUGACCAAAGACGUUACAGCGGACGUCUUCCUCACACCAGCUGAGGAGAAGCCUGUUCACAUCCAGACAGAAGCACCUGCGCCCAAAGUGAUGAAGAAGAACAAACACAAAGCUUUCAAAAGACAAAGGAUGGCCCGCAGGUAACGGGAUGGACUCGAUUACACUGAGUGAAAAUCUUACUGCUGCCGUGAUUCAAUAUCGGCUCAUGAAAUAUGUGGUAAUGCAAACAGUGCAGUCAGGUCUCAAGUCCAAUAUUAUGAGCUUUUUGAAAGUUUAUAUAAAGACUUAAUGUAAAAAGGGUCAUCGAAUUAUCACAUUUGGCAGUGUAAGAGAAAAUCUUAAAUGUGUUGUAUAAAAUGUCUGUUGCCAUCAUCACUUGGAGGACUGUGCAGAUUGUAGGUGGUCAUAAAGACCUCAGCUUUUACAAUACUGCAAACAACAUUUACACAUCCUUUUUGAUAAAAGUAAAUAUACCAUCAGUGUAAAAAAAAGUGUUUAUUGAGUUGACUACAGUUGUUUUUUCUAUGUCAUGGAAAUAAAACGAUUUAAACUUG